AUGCCAGGAACUAUGACUGAAAAUGAAAAUCUUUUAAGUCUUAUUUCAAUUGAAGUACUUAUAAGUCAAGUUCAUAUUAAUCUUAAUAUUGAAUGUCAUUUACCAUGUAUAGUUUUUCGUUUACUUGAUUAUCCAGCUGUAUCAAUACCUUAUUUUGAUCAAUGGCAAAUUGAUGAAUUUCAUAAUUUAAAACGUGAUUAUCCAAAUUUAUCAUGGUGUCAAUUACUUUCAGAUCAAUUUUAUGAACUUCGUAGUGCUAAUGGAAAAUUUAAUUUUAAACGUGGAAAAUCAUGUUUAUUUAAAAUUUAUUUUAAAACAUUAUAUACACAUUUAUUAAAUGUUCCACUUUUUCUUUUACUUAUUGAUCAAAUUAAUGAUAAAGGUAUAAAUAAUAAUACAACACAAUUUAUUGGUAGUUGUAAUAUUAAAUUAAAUGAAUUAAUUGAAAUAUUAAAUCAAUCAAUUAUUAAAAAUGGUUAUGAUGUACCACUUGUUGAACAACAAACAUUUCAUUGUACACUUUUUAAUUUAAUGGGAACAUCUAUUGGUACUUGUGAUGUUGCUAUUCGUUUUUGUCAUUAUGGUACAACAAUUUUAACACAUUUACCUAUGCUUGAUGAUGAAGUUGUCGUAAAAAAAACAGAUAAAAAAGUUCCGACUGCAACUAAAGAACAAGUUACUGAAUCAUUAGUACCACCACCACCACCACCACCAUCGACAGAUACAAUUGUUAAACAUAUUCAUUUUGUUAAUGAAAAGAAAGAUGUUGGUUUACAAUUAUCACGUAGUGAUCUUCCAUCAUCAUCAAAUAAUAAUAAAUCGGCUCAAACACGUUGGACAAGUACAAAAUCUCAUCCAACUGGAUAUUAUCAUUCUAAAGGUCGAUAUUUACGUACAAUUGAAGAUCCAUCACUUGAUGAUCCAUUAAUUUCUUCUUAUCAACCACCACCACUUUAUUUUAAUUCAAAUUCUGAUUUUCUUCAAAUGAUGACACCAAUAAAUGCUAAAUAUAUAGAUGAAGCAAAAGAAAAUCGUUUAUCUUAUCUUGCAUCAAUUCCUAUUGAUAGUUUUCAUGAUGAAUUUGAUGUUGAUGAUAAAAAUGAAGAUAUUAAUAAUAAACAACAACAACAACAACAACGAAAAUCAAAAUCUACACAUAAUGUUCGUUUUAAUUUAUCAUCAUCAUCAUCACCACCACCAUCAGUAGUUAUUCCUCAAACAAAACAAAUACCAAAAAAACAAUUAUUAACAAAAGAUUUUCUACAUAAUUUUCCACUUCUUCGUGCAUUAGUUGAAGAAGCUUUAACUUUACAAGAACAUCAACAAAAUUUACCUAUAUUAAUUCAACGAUCACAUUCAGCUGAACAAAAACGACAAGUAAAAUUAAAACAAACUUCAAUACGACCUAAAUCAACAACAAAUAUUCGUUCUAUUCGAACAAAAUCUGUUAUUGUAACAAGAAAUAUUAAAAAUACUAAUCGACUUUAUCCACCAUCAUCCGAUAAUAGAAGACAAAUGAUAGUUACAAAAACUGAUGUACGAAAUUUAGUUGAUCGUCUCUCUAAACCAAAAUUUAAUAAACGAAUUGAACGAGAAAUUGCUUUAGCUGAACAAAUGACAACUAUUGAAGAAACUAUUCCUACUCCACGUCUUCCACCAAAAUCAACAUCUGUUCAACCGAUCUCUACGUAUAAAAAUAUAAUCAUACAAAAACCACCAUUUUCUUAUGGUACAACACGUGCUCAUCGAUUAUAUACGGAAUUUUCUCGAGCUCGUCGUGCUGCAUAUGAAAGUCAAACAGAUACACGAUCAAAAUCUCCAAUAUCACCACGAAAAGAAUUAACAUCAAAUGAUCGUAUUCUUCCACCAUCACCUCAAUUACUUAAUACGGGCACACUUUCACAUUUUUCUCUACUUAAUAAAGUUGAUAUUGAUAGUGCAACUAUAGAUAGAAAUAGUAUGCAACCAUCAUCAUUAGAAAAAAUACAAGAAAAACCUGAUCCAACUAUGAAAUCAUCAUCAACAACAAGUCAAGAUGCAUCAAAAGAAUUAAGUCGAUCAUCAUCAUCAUCAUCAUCAUCAUCACCACCAUCACCAUCACCAUCAUCUGAACCAACAAUAUCUCAACGAAAACAAGAAAAUAAUGAAAAAAAUGAUUUAGGAUUUUCAAUUACUGAUGUUACUGAUUAUUUUACUGAUGGUGGUAAUGACUCGAGUACUCGACCAUCAACACAACAAUCUACAUGA